UCCACCCCAGGACAGGACCGCUCUCCAGCAACCCUGCCGACUCCUGCUUUCCAGCCCGUCACUCCACUCACAGUCCCUGCAGUCCGCCUGCCGCCCAUGGCCUUGCCUGUGGCUCCCCUACUGGUCCUCAGCCUGCUGUUUCUCUGGAGUAGCCCGGCUCUGGCGGGUGCCAAUGACGCAGAAGACUGCUGUCUCUCGGUAACUCAGCGCCUCAUCCCCUGGAAGAUCGUGAAGGCCUUCCGCUACCUCAAGGAUGGCUGCAGGAUGCCUGCCGUGGUGUUCACCACGCUGAGAGACCACCAGCUCUGUGCACCCCCAGACCAGCCCUGGGUGAACCGCAUCAUCCAGAGACUGCAGAGGCAAAACGCCAAGCAAGCCUGAGCCCUCAGCGCGGCCCAUUCCUCCCAGCCUCUGCCUAAGACACCCCCCCACCAAUUACUUGUUUCUCCUUCCCCACUCCCCUUUCUGCAGAACAAGCCCCUGAGCAGUUAGCUCCCGCAUCUGCCCUGGAAGGAACCCCACCUGUGUGAGGGAUUGCAUUCCCGGGGCCCUGGGGAGCGGAGAAUCAGAGGAAUAGCCAGAUCUCCAGCUCCAGUGUCGCUGCAGAGACCUCAGCGGGGCAGCGGAUGGGGUGUCGGGGAGUGCGCGUG